AUGAUACCAAACACUGGAGCAUUUCUAGGUAAAACUGUUUUCAUAACAGGUGGCAGCAGAGGAAUUGGCCGUGCAGUCGCCCUAAAACUUGCCAAAGACGGUGCCAAUGUGGUUAUAGCGGCUAAAACGUCGGAAAAGCAUCCCAAGCUGGAAGGUACCAUCUACUCGGUGGCUGAAGAAAUUGAAAAAGCCGGUGGAAAAGCUUUGCCCAUUAAGUGCAACGUCCUCAACGAGGAAGACGUCACGAGGGCCAUCGAGGCGACCGCCACCAAGUUUGGCGGCUUGGACAUCCUCAUCAACAAUGCCAGCGCUAUCAGCAUCAGCGGCACUGAAGAUUUGCCCAUGAAGAAGUACGAUCUGAUGAACAAUCUCAAUGCUCGCGGCACUUUCAUGACCAGCAAGUACGCCAUUCCGCACUUGAAGAAGAGCAGCAACGGGCACAUUCUGACGAUGAGUCCGCCGCUUUUGAUGGACCCAAAGUGGUUUCAGCACAACACUGGCUACACCAUUGCCAAGUACGGCAUGUCGCUCUGCGUGCUGGGCAUGGCCGAGGAGUUCAAGGGCGAGAUUGCCGUGAACGCCCUCUGGCCGAGGACGGUGAUUGCCACUGCUGCAAUGAACCUAGUGGGCGGUUUUGACGCCCUAGCCAAGCACUCCCGCACGCCGGACAUUCUCGCCGACUGUUCGUACUUGAUUCUGCAAAAAGACGCCAAAAGUGGGCAAAACACAGGACGCUUCUUCAUUGAUGAGCCACUGCUCAGGGAAAAUGGGGUGACCGAUUUUGAGCCGUACGCUGUACAGUCUGGAAAACGGCUGAUUUCCUCAAUCUAUGCGCCCGAUGAACUGAUGGAAGGGCUGAUCA